CUUAUACCUUAUGUUCUGAUUCUAGUAUUGUCACACAAGAUGCCUAAAUGGUAAUUUCAUUGUUACACAUGAAGUACAUAGACAGACUGUACUGUAUCUAAAUACUGGACAGCAGUGACAAUCAAGUUCUAAAGAUUGUGGCUUGAAAACGUAAUGAUAUAGCUCGACAUGCCAGAACUUCUACACUGCUAACAAAAUGCUCAAAGAAAGAGCCACUCUCAGACUCUUUGUCCUCGCCACCCUCACACUGUGCUCUGUGUUCUCCAAUGCUCACAUGAUCUCUGUCACUGCUGAUAGGAACUGCAGUAAAUCUUGUCAGACAUUGGAUAUGGCUUUGCAGAAUAUACGUUCCAAUUCUACUCUACAGUUAGAGCCAGGGACACACACUGUAAGAAGUAGCUAUAAUGUUUCUGGAAAAACUGAUUUGAGCAUUGUUGGUGACCUAGGCAAUAGUUCGGAUGUGAUCAUAGAGUGUGAUGAUUCUUUUGGACUGAUUUUCGUGAACAUCCAGAGGCUGACUAUCACUGGAGUAGUUAUUCAGAAUUGUGGCUUCACAGGAUUCGAUCGUGUUUCAACUCUUUUCGUUUCAGUUAAACUUUCUGUAGCUGCGUGUUUUCCACCAUUAUUCCAAUUUUCAACUGGUAUAAUGCUUGUAGACAUUCAGAAUUUGGUGAUGGAGAACACUGUCAUUCAAGAGAACGAAGGUUUUGGAUUGGUUGGAAUUAACAUCGUUGGAUAUUCGAGAUUUUCAAAUGUUGACUUUAUUUCAAACUAUCCCUCCAACAAUUCAGUAUGCAAUUUCAGAGUAACACUCUCUACUGGCGGCUCUGGGGGAGGUCUCUUCUUGCUCUACCUUGACUACAUAGAGGAGUCAAAAAAUAUCCAAGCUGAAAACUCAACCUUUACGUUUGAAAAUGGGAACAUAAUGAACAAUUACAACUGCAGACGAGACCCCUUCACGGUUCUAUACAACAAAUUGUCAAGAACGUUAGGCUCGACAUUUGCUCUGAACACAAGUAUAGCAGGAUCAGGAGGUGUGAGUGUAUCUCUCGGACAAGCAAGGUAUGGGGUCAAUACUCGAUUUGACCGCUGCACGGUUAUCAACAAUUCAGCCUUGUAUCAUAAUGCAGGUAUGAAUGUUCUCUUGUACAAUAUAACACAAAGGAGCAACAUUAUUAUUCAAAACUGCAUAUUUCGCAAAAAUGGUGGUCUAUUUUACAGAGGUGGCAGAACAUUUCCUAACAAUGGUUUAGAUCCGUUUGGUGCUCUCAGUAUUGCUUUUUUUGUACCAAUUCCAACAGAUUUCGAUCUUUUUCGAUUUGAUCCAGUCAUUUCUGUUAUAGACUCAAGCAAAGUGCAAAUAGAGAACUGUUCUUUUGUUCACAACAUAGCUUUGUCAGGAAGUGGUCUGCUGAUUUUCUCGUUUACAACCGCAACUGUAUAUACAGAUGAUUUGAUUACAAUAAAAGACUGUGUAUUUCGGAACAAUAGUGGAAACUUUGGUAGCGGACUGUUUAUAACUGAACUAAGUUAUAGUGCUUUUGAAUCACGACUAAGCAUAAUCAUCGAUUCGAUUCUCAUUGAAGGCAAUCAACCACUGUUGACUUCUUUUGGGACAACAACAACUCAGUUUGAAACUUAUUCUGCAGCAGAAAUCAGCAACGUACGAGUGCAUUUUAUUGGUAAUAAUACUUUCACUCAAAACGACAUGACGGCUUUGUCUACUAGAAGUGCUAUUUUGGCGAUGUCUGGAUAUGUUCUCUUCUCUCACAAUAGUGGAGUUAAUGGUGGUGGCUUACAUUUGGAGAGAGAGUCGUACGUUGUUUUUAUCAACCAAACAGAACUGGUGUUUGAAAACAAUAGUGCCAUUGUAGUAGGUGGGGCAAUAUAUGUUGAUUUCAGGACUAUUCGCUCGAGUGAUUACGAUUGCUGGUUGUUUUUUGAAAAAGUUGACGUUAACUGUAAUGUAGACAAUAGCUGUUCAAUACCUAACAACAGGCACAUAAUAAAAUUUUUAAGAAAUGUUGCUCCGUUAGGUAAAGCAAUAUUUGGUUCAAACCUUUUUGAUUGUCCUUGGAGAGCAAAUGAAAGUAUCAGUAUCCUAAACAUCACCGACAUAAACUGCUCCAGUAUUAGUCACCUGAAUCCACAAGAAUUACCUGUAGUUUACGAUCCACCAUUAGAACCAGAUGAUAAUGUAACAAUCAACACUUUUCCACUGUUGCUAACUACAACACCAGAAGAAAAUUCCUCUUCACCAAUCAUAUUGGUUAAUGUGAUUGUUGAGCCAGGACAACCAUUUGUAAUACCCCUGAGUGCCUACGAUAGAUUAAGCAAACCUGUACCUCUUACGAUAUUCUCUCAGAUAAAUGAUAGUGCAGCAUCGGCGACAAUUGGCGCUAGCAACAGACGACUACUUUCUGGAGGAGAGGAAGCAUUCAGUAAUGUUUUUAUCCGUGUGAAUGGAAGUGUGGGAGGGCAGUAUAGCGUUAGCCUCACUUCGAACGAGGUAUCAUUGGUGGCUACAUUCACUGUAUUUGUGACUUUGAGAAACUGCUCUGCUGGGUUUACAUACAAUGAAACGACAAUGAGUUGCCAGUGUGAUAUUUCAUUGUACUUGAAUGGCGUCAUGUGCAACACAAAUCGUAGCAUAUCUUUUGAAGUAGAUAAUUGGAUAGGGAUUGACGAAAGAGGGUUUUAUAUACAGGCACCUUGCAUUCGAAAUUUUUGUAAAGGUCAUACCUCGGUACCAAUAGUGUUUUUAUCGAAGCCUGAUACCCAGUGCAGGAACCAUCGCUCUGGUCUGCUGUGUGGGGGGUGUGCUAACAACUACAGUCGUGUAUUAGGAGGAACAGAAUGUGAACUCUGUACCAACAAUGAUUACUUGGCCUUGAUUGUUCUGUUUGCUGCUUUGGGAAUCAUCCUUUUUGUUAUUCUUGCUUUGUUUAAUGUGACAAUUACUGAUGGUUUUGUCAAUGGCUUCAUCUUUUAUGCAAAUAUAUUCAGUGUGUACACAUCGAUGUUUCUUCCAGUCAUGGAAGUUAGAGGUAGACCACCUCUUGCUUUAAUCUCUUUCUUGAAUCUGAACUUAGGAGUCAAGUCGUGUUUUUACGAAGGAAUGACUGAACUUGAUCUGGUUGGUUUGAAUCUAAUUUUCCCCUUGUAUCUGAUGGUCAUUUUUGUCGCCUUUGCUCUGUUUGGAAAGUAUGUCACGUACGAAAGAGUCUCAAACUUCUACUGCAAAAUACGUAUCACUCAUAUUUUUGCAACCCUCCUCUAUAUUUUUUAUGCUAGUGUAACGGAAACGUGUGUAGCCAUUCUUGCAUUUGUUCCGAUAACAAUCAACCAGCAAGAGGAGCAAAUCAUUCGAUGGGGACGCGACCCAAAUGUCAUAUAUGGCCAUGAAAUUCAUGGAGUUCUAGUUGCCGUAAGUUUAAUACUGCUUGUGGUUCUACUUCCCUUGCCAAUUAUUUUAUUAGUUCCCAAGAUUUCUUACCAAGUGCCAUACGUAAAGAAUUAUAAACCGGUUAUUCAUGCCUUCAUUGCUCCCUUCGCUCCUAAUAGAACAUUUUGGGUCAGCUUUCGUCUUCUUUUCCGUGUAUUGAUAUACGCCAUCUCAGCUCUUGGGGUGAACAAAAUGCAGCUUGUUAUUAUGUCUUUCUGUAUAACUUCCAUAACACUUUUGCAAGCAUAUUUGAAACCCUUUGCCAAUGCAAGUCGAAACAUUGUGGAUACUUUUCUGAUGUUAAACCUCACCCUAUUUUCAAUAGCUGCAAUACAGCUCUUCGAUAUACCCUUAACCAAAGAAUUUCAUACAAUGACUUUUAUGCUCAUCUUUAUAUACAUCUUCUCAAUCAUGCUUGCUUUUUUUUUCACUCACUGUGUGUUGAAGAGAUUCCAGUGCUCAAACAAACCGUACACAAAGGUUAUAGAAUGGAUUAGUGGCAAGCUUCAAGAAAUGACGGAGUGGUUUGAAAAUCCUCGCUACUGUUGCUCAAAGGAAAAUCUUAAUAAAGAUCCAAUUGAGAUGUCUCUCAGUAUCAGAAAUAAUGUCAUAACUCAUUCUAGUGUUGAAAUACAUCCUGCUAGUAGUCUUCGUGAGUGUUUGUUGGAGGAUUUACCAGCUAAAGCACAGAAAAAGAGGCUAUAAGUUUUGAACAUAAUUAUAAUAAUAAAUAUGUGCUAUAUGGAUCUAUUUAUAUGCUCAUUUGUAUGUGUGUGUUAACGUUUUUGAUUCGUUUUACUGAUGUGUGAUUAUACUUUUUUCUGGACAGGUUAAGUUUGGCUAAUAGA